UUUUCCUGUUCAUUCAGUCGUGUGUGAGUGAAUACACCUGCAACCACUGCACUGGAUUAUAACAGUUAUGCACAUUGCUUCACCGAACAUUUUUUUUUUUUUUUUUUUCUUUUUUUUUGUGAUCACUACGGAGCCUCGAGUGAUCACAACACGAUUACUGCUUUAACUUGGCUUCCCAUCCACUAUCAAAUCUCUCAAUAAGGUUACAUUUACAGUGCUACAAUUUACCGCAAAAACAAGUAGGAACAAAAACGGAGGUUGAUGGUAAAUGAGGACGGCUGAUAGGCUGUGAGAAUCAAAGAGUAUGCAGUUCAAAAAGUUUCCAAGUGUUGUGAAGUCACUUUGCAUGGCUAACUGUGGGGGAUGAAAGAGGAAAGACGAAGAAGAUAGGGUCACCAUGAUAAAGAAUGGCCAUCUGGUUUACAUUGGCCUGGAGGUGGUCAUGGCUUGUUUGGCAGUGGUCGGUAAUGUUCUGGUGUGUUGGGCUGUUUGCCUCAACUCCAACUUGCAGAGUGUCACCAACUUGUUUGUGGUGUCUUUGGCUGUGGCAGACAUUGCAGUGGGGUUGCUUGCCAUACCCUUUGCUAUUGCCAUAAGUACUGGAUUCUGUGCCCACUUCUAUGGCUGUCUCUUCAUCGCCUGCUUUGUCCUGGUGCUCACACAGAGUUCUAUCUUCAGUCUGCUGGCCAUUGCUGUAGAUCGAUACAUCGCCAUCAAGAAUCCACUCAGAUACAGCAGUGUUGUCACAGGACAGAGAGCUAAAAACAUUAUUGCUUUGUGUUGGUUGCUUUCUGUGGCAAUUGGUCUAACCCCAAUGAUGGGCUGGAACACAGGGGGAAACACUACCAACAGCAACAGCUGCCCUCGCGGCAUGACGGAGUGCUUGUUUGAGGGUGUGGUCACCCUACAUUACAUGGUGUAUUUCAACUUCUUUGGAUGCGUGUUGAUGCCCCUAGUCGCUAUGCUGGUCAUCUACGCUAACAUAUUCAUGGCUGCUCGACGCCAGCUCAGACUUAUUGGACUUAAAUGUGCACUUGCACGGCCUAGUGGCGAGGUCCCAACAGUCUCCUCAAAAACUACCCUGCAGAAGGAGGUUCACGCAGCCAAGUCCCUCGCCAUUAUUGUUGGUCUGUUUGCCUUUUGCUGGCUGCCAUUACAUAUCAUCAACUGCUUCAACCACCUGUGUCAUGGCUGUGAGCGUCCACACAUCUGGGUCAUGAACAUUGCAAUUAUUUUGUCACAUGCAAACUCGGUUGUCAAUCCUUUUAUCUACGCAUACCGCAUUAGGGAGUUUAGACACACAUUUCGAAGGAUUCUGUCUCAGCAUAUACUUGGGUGCAGAGACAGACAGAAGAGAGAUGUUAUGAACUGCAAUAACUCUGUAUCUAGUUAUAGAAGGCGAUCAUCCUGUCACACAAGUAAAGAAGGGUCUUCAUGCAGCACAGUGGUGAAUAGUUACACUGUAGACUCAGCUUCUGAAAACCUGCCACCAAAAGCUGCACAUGAAGGCCCAAACAACAGGACAACAUUGGGCACAACGUCAAAUGUUAUUGUACCAAAUGGACACAAAGUUAACACACAUGUUUCGCAGGUCCAUCAGCAGUUCUUCUUAGGGGACCAAUCAGUGCCUUAUGGAGAUAAUCAUAGGGAUCUUCUGAAAGCAAUGGACAAUGACCAAAACAUUACCUUUGUCAAUGUUCAAGUUGUCAUGCAAAGACAGACUGGUUCAAAGCAAUCAACAAAACUUCCAGAAGUCUCAUAGCAUAAAUAUUUUCAAUAUCCAAUGAUUCUGUCAACCAGGAGAGUUCCAUAGGAAAUAAUUUUCUAUUCAGAAUGAACUACGCAUCUUGAAUGAGAGGCAAACAUCUUCAACUUAAUUCUGUUUUGAGACUAUUUAAUGAUGUGUGGGCACUCUUAUUAAGCUGGUCAACAAUAUGUAAUGAUUCUUGAUUCAUAUUAUUUUAUUAUUUUGAAAUAAAGUUUAGCGUUUCAUAUUUUUGUCUGAACAAAAGGUACUUAAUGAAAUAUUUAAUGAAAAAUCAACAUUUUGGGUGAACCCGAGGCUGAGAGUGAGGCCAUUUCUGAGAAUAAGCACUGAAUUGUAUGGUUUGAUCAUUGAUUUGAUAAUUGCUAGGCAACAAAUGCUGCCUAGUAUAAUAUAGUACUAUUGCAUCAGAGCUAUAACUGACCAGUGAACACUAGCCAAAACAAAACAACUGCUUAACUAUCUCUUCUCUUGGGCAUUUGGCAGCUCAAACAUACUGUACUUACACUAUAGUAUUUGACACUGAGGACUAAAGCCAAUUGUGUUUACAGAGAAACUGACGCCAGUCAAUGACCCAAAUGCAAUGGAAAUCAAACUAACCUUCAUUUGGUGAUGUCUUUUAUUAUGCCAUUAUACUUAGCGUUUCCUCAUUAAAAGGUCCUUGCACUUUAAACAGUCUGCAUUAGGCCACAUUACCUAGCUGUUCUCUCCAUGGUCUCAGCAGAUAGUGUAAACAUACAGGGCUUGUUAUUCACUCAUUUGUAUAUUUAAACUUUUGCAUAUUCUUUUCAUUCUAUGACAUUGUCAUAAACUAUGCAAAUUGUGUUUUUUAUUUAAAUUUGUUAAAAUAAUAUAUUAAACAUAUUAAAAUAUGUUGUAUACACAUUUUA